AACUGUUCAAAGGAAUCGAUUCCGGAAAAUGAGUCGGAUUUCCUAACGCUAAACACUCUGCGUGUGCUGCAUAUCAUAAAUACUUUGUAUAACAUUAUAAAUCAUGCAUCGCAUAUAAUCCGUUAGUCCGAAAUUUGUAUAAGCGCGACAGAAUAAUGAUUUACUAAAGCGAUGUGAAGUGUGUUCUUUAGGUCCAACGUGUGUUUUGUAGGUUGCUUGAACUUUCACCUCAGUUCCCACAGCCACGCAGGAUCGUGUGGAUUUGACAGGACAUACAGUGACUACACUAACACGGAUCUUUAACUUUUGACCUCAUGGAAACUUUCAUCAGCUUCACUAACCAGAGUCAAGGCAGGGAUCGCCUAUUCAGAGCAACCCAAUAUGCGUGCGCGUUGUUGAAAUACCUUCUGAGAAAUGAAGCGAAGAGGAAAGAUCUGGUGAAAAAGCUGCAAUUCCUGGAAUCUAAUAUGAGCUCCGGGCGGAAGCUAUUCAGGCUUGGGAACACGGUCAACUCGAUUCAUGCGGUCAAGAGCACUCUUCAUAUUUCUGACCCCGUGCUGCGCUUUUGCCUUAGUUUUGCUAACCUCAACCGUGCCUUGUACUUCAUCUGUGACAACAUACUCUGGGCCAGAAGUAUCGGGCUAAUACGAGAUAUCGACAAGGAGCGCUGGAGCUUGAACUCCACUCGCUUCUAUUUCCUGUCCUUGGUCAUGAAUCUGACCAGAGACGUCUAUGUGAUCAUUCAGCUUAUGGUGCAGAAGUCUCGGGACCGACACUACCAGCGAAAAAUUGACCAGCACCUCAAUGAAAGCCCGGAUGUGGCCUGCGUCAUAGUGCCUCAGCUUGACGCCUUUCUCUUCCUUCUCCUCGACAGCCUCAGAAAUGAGCCGUCUGUGGCUCUCGAUACAUUAAAAAAUGUUUGCGACCUUUUCAUUCCGCUUGACAAACUGGGCAUUUACCAGACUAAUGCAGGGGUGGUUGGCUUCUGCGGGCUUAUUUCCUCUCUUUUAGGCAUAUUGUCAGUUUUGAGGCCCAGCCUUAAAAUCAAGCCAUGAUUUAGGAAAAUGCUUUAGAGUAACACCCAAAAUGUUUUGUAUUAGGAAACGUUCCUAACAAAUGUUUUGAGGUAAUUUUAGUGUGAGAUUAGACUACUGUUAAGUUUAUACUUUUGUAAAGGGAUCAACUUAAUUGUUCUAUAAGAGAGACAUGAGAACACAACUGUUUUGCAGAAAAUAAUAUUAAUAAUAAAUAAAUUAGCAAAAUUUAGAUAAGAUUUUGCAGUGUGGGUUUGACUACAUGCGGAGUACACACUUCUGUGUGCCUUACUGUAUCUGUUGUUGUAUUAUGGCAGUCCUAGUGAAAUAAUACACAUGCAUAUUAGGAACUAUUUAGUAGUUUUAAUAGAGAUGAUGUUCCUUUGGUACUGAUGAAAUUGAGAUUAGGGUACAUGAACACAUUUUGGAACUUUUCAACAAAAAGAUGCUCUCUGAUGGCAGACGCUCAACUUUGAACCAUCUGUGAAAUAAGAUAUUCUACCUCGUUCUGAUAGAUCCCAGAGUUGUUUACUGAGGCUUUAUUUUAGGUGCCAGAAAGGGUUUUGUUAGUUAUUACAAUUUUUGGUUUAUCGUGGCAAAAGAUAACUAUAUACAUUUCGAUUGUGCGUUAUUGGUUGUCAGCACAAACCACUUUUAAGAACAAUCUGUGAACUUUAAUAAAGGUAUUUUUAUGCA